GUUAAGUUACAAUGACCAGUAUUACAAGGGAUUCUUCUUGCAAUUUAUUAGAGAACAUGGAAGAGACUCAUAUAGAUUUAGCUCUAGAGAAAAUCUCACCCUUCUGCUCGCUCAACCUGCCACCUGAUGAAGAACAACAAAGCAUGUUGUAUGAUUCUGAAAUGUUCUGUGAUGACGACUUUCGUAGUGUCGAAACCUGUUCAACAACGCCGGAAAGUGAAGCCAGUUUGCUUGUACAAGAAGACACAUUUGAAGUGUGCAUCACAAAAAUGUCAGGCACACAUUUAAUGGAAAUUUUUUGUGAGGAACAUCGCGAAGAAAUGAUAUGUUAUUUAGCAAUGGAGUACGCAAAGAUUCGGCAUCACUUUGAACAAAAGCGAUUGAACAACCUUCUAUUGUCAAAGUCUAAGGCUAAAGUAAAAUCGAAGUCAAAGGAAGCCAAAAAUGCAUAAGUUGUUUUAUCACAUGCGUUUGAAGAAAACAUGGAAAAACUGUUGAUUUACUUUGAAUACAUUUUUGAAUUGAAAA